AUGACGACUUCACGACUUGACCGAUUGGUCGUUCUACUGGAGACCGGCUCUACACAACUCAUCCGUAAUACUGCCGCGCAACAGCUCGCGGACGUCCAGAAGAAUCACCCAGACGARCUCUUUAAUUUGCUCACUCGUGUCGUGCCCUAUCUUCGAUCACACUCUUGGGACACGCGCACUGCUGCUGCACGCGCUAUUGGCGGCAUCGUCGAACAUGCAGAAAAGUUCGAUCCCAAUGCCACCAUCGACGAGAUCUCCAACGGGGACGACCAUAACCCCGUGAAGCAGGAUCCACCAUCGUCCCAAUCAUCGCCAGAGCAGUUACAUCUUGCGACCCUCGAUGUUGAGGCAAUUCUCACCUAUGGCAAGGAACUGCYCGGUAGUGCCGGUAAGCAGUAUGAUUACAAACUGGCCGGUCUGAACGCUGCAGAGCGAUUAGCCCACCAAAAGAAAACCCUCACUUCACGUCUUGGAUUAGGCGGGCAGUACAUUGAAGAAGACCUUGUCAGCGACAAAGAUAUUGCUUUUCGAUCUGCGUCAGUGUCAGCUCAAAAUCUUCCCAAACUGGACACAGACUCUGGCAAGACGAGUGAGGAUGCCGCCACCAAAUCUCCAGACGAGCCGCAGCCAGCUACCCCAGGAGGAGGUGAGAUGAGCAAGCGACAGCUCAACAUGCUCAAGCGACGCCGCAAGGAAGAACUUAAGCGCGACAACAAGAAGUUCAAAUACGACUUUGCAACACGCCGCGAGAGUGUCAGUGCGCAAACACCAACAGAGGAGAUCAAGCCAGAGUUCAAGCAGGAACCAGAUGAAAAUGGCAGUGCGGACUAUCUUUCUCUCGAUCGAAAAGGCGGUGAUGAUGAUUCAAAAGUUGUCUCAGAGUUCAAAGGUGUGCCCAUUGCGGAAAAGUCUGCGUUACUUGCGGAUGGCGAGGAGGAAGGCAACGAUUGGCCAUUCGAGAGACUUUGUGAGUUCCUGACGGUCGACUUAUUCGAUCCGUCUUGGGAGAUUCGGCACGGCGCUGCAAUGGGUCUUCGAGAGAUCGUGCGCGUCCACGGGGCCGGCGCAGGUCGCCGUGCUGGCAACACCAAGGAGGAAAACGACCAGCUGAACCGUGCAUGGUUGGAUGACCUCGGAUGCCGCAUCUGCUGUGUGUUCAUGCUGGACCGAUUCGCGGACUAUGUUUCUGACAAUGCUGUGGCGCCGAUCAGAGAGACGGUGGGACAAGUUCUCGGUGCUGUCCUGCAGUUCCUUCCACCGGAGUCAGUGCACGAGAUUAACCGGAUCCUCUACAGACUGGUAAUGCAAAAGGAUCUCAAAGUAUCGCGACGGAUCUGGCAUGCGUGUCAUGGUGGCAUGAUUGGUAUGCGCUAUCUGGUUGCUGUUCGAACGGAUCUACUCUUCCAAGAUCGCUCUCUAAUGGACGGCGUCUUGGAGUGCGUAAUCAAAGGGCUUGGAGAUCAGGACGACGAUGUUCGCUCUGUCAGUGCGGCGACCCUCAUACCAGUGGCAAAAGAGUUCGUCAAUGUCCGAUCAGACGAGCUGGGUCAUCUUAUCAGCGUGGUCUGGGAAUGUCUGUCUAGCCUCUCGGAUGACCUCAGCGCGAGUACUGGUUCCGUGAUGGAUCUAUUGGCCAAACUGUGCAGCUUCCCAGAAGUGCUGGCCGCGAUGAAGCAGAACGCAGCCAACGAUCCAGAGCAAUCGUUCUAUGAGCUUGUACCGCGAUUAUAUCCCUUCCUGCGACACACCAUCACCAGUGUGCGGUCUGCUGUUCUUCGUGCGCUUCUCACAUUCAUCAACAUCGACGGCGAGGAUACUAAAGGCUGGAUCAAUGGCAAGGCCCUCCGCUUGGUCUACCAGAAUCUCAUCGUCGAGCGCAAUGAAGCUGUCUUGAAGCUUUCGCUUGAGGUGUGGGAAGCCCUCGUUGAUGCAUUAAUGAGCAAAGGCCCACACUCUUUCAGUCAAGAGUUCGAGGCUCACGCCUCUCCUCUGAUCACUUUGACGCUGCAUCCCAUCGGUAUCAGCCGCCAUCCAAUUCCCAUGGWCGCUACAUUGUUCAUCAAGCCUUCGGGGCAGACCUAUCUGCCUCUUGCGAAUGCCCACCGUGCGUCACCUGUUAAUGGCGCGGAGCCUCCAAAGAAGCGUCGCAAAUCGGAAAAGAAGGAGCCAUCCGUACCACCUCCCUCGUCAACGACACACAACAUCGAUGCAGCUAUGAUGCAGGGUGAUGUCGAUCUCGUCGGGGCCGACGUGAUGAUCAGAAGUCGUAUAUUUGCAACCCGAGCGAUCGGUAAGGCGGUGGCUCUGUGGCCAGCCGAUGAGUGCGAAGCCUUUUUUGGACCAAAGCUGCUACCUGGGCUCACUUCGGUCUACGCAUCGACACAGUUGUUCACAGCCAUGGCGUUUGAAGGAUUUGCUUCUUGCAAGACUCAGGGUGAGAGCUUUUUAAGUUCUGCAUGUUCGGAGCUGCGGAAUCUCGUCGACGAUACCAGACCCGGCUGGUAUAGCGACUUGACUAGCUAUCUCCGCAUCGCUAGAGCGCAGUGUCAACAACUCCUCAACGCGUUCCAAGAGCACGGUCACGUACCGGGCAGUAAGCUCCCUAUUGUGGCUGUGGUCUGUCAGGGCGAACCGGAAGCCGGCAAGAACGCAUUCUCUAUACAGGAUGCGGAGAAGAUUGUGUCUCAGGACUAUGAACGUCUCAAGAAGGGCCUUUCCACAGUGCAGCGUAUGACGGCAGCCGAGGCUCUUGCAACUGCAAAGAUGGAUGCUGAGGCUGCCAUAAGCGAAGCGCACAAUGCGAAAGCGCAGGCUGACUUGCGUAUUCGAUCAUCUGCAGCAGCGGCCCUCAUCGCUUUCCAGAGCGUGCCCAAAAAGCCACAGAUGACAAUCAAGGCAGUCAUGGACAGCAUUAAAGAGGAGGAAAAUGUGGAUCUCCAGCACAGGACAGCUACAGCGAUUUCAGUACUCAUCAGCCAACUUGUCGCGCAAGAGCGCAACAAGGUGGUAGAGAAGGUUGUUGGUAAUCUGGUCAAAUUCUGUUGUAUGGAGACUGGCGAGACCCCAGAGUUUCACCCCAAUGCGGAUCGCGAGGUUGGCAUUCUGUCCUUGCAAAAGGAUGAAGACAUCCAGGAUCGACCGGACGCCGCAAAAUACGAACGCGAGGUCAGAGCUGCCAGAAUAACCCGCCGUGGUGCGAAGGACGCACUGGAACAGCUCUGCCGGACUUUUGGUGGCGAUCUCUUCGCCAGAGUUCCGAAACUUCAGGCUGUGAUUGAGGGACCUGUGCGGGAAUGUUUCACCGAUGAGCUCCCUGCCGGCAUCACGGAUCCCGACUCUUCACUCGGACAGGAGGCCGUCGAUGGGAUGUCGACUUUGAGAGCUCUCGUAGCCACACUCGACCCAUCGCUCCAUUCGUGGGUUCUGCAACUACUUCCUUUCGUUGCACGAGCUCUCCAGAGCAAACUCGCUGUAUUACGAUAUACGGCAGCCAAGUGCUUUGCCAGUGUGUGCAGUGUCAUCACUGUCCAAGGCUUCACUAUGCUUGUUGAACAAGUCAUCCCGCCCAUCAACAAUGCUCAUGAGGUUGUACACAGACAAGGUGCAAUUGAGUGCAUCUAUCACCUCAUCCAAGUCAUGGGCGACGGCAUCUUGCCAUAUGUCAUCUUMCUCUUGGUACCCGUUCUUGGGCGUAUGAGCGAUUCGGAUGGUGGCGUACGUCUCAUCGCGACCACAGCGUUUGCGACACUCGUUAAGCUGGUACCAUUAGAAGCUGGUAUUCCCGAUCCACCAGGUCUCCCCCAGUCUCUUCUCGAGGGCCGUGAUCGAGAGCGCAAGUUCAUCUCACAGAUGCUCGAUCCGAAGAAAGUGGAGCCCUUCCACAUUCCCGUCGCAAUCAAGGCUGAGUUACGCUCAUAUCAGCAAGACGGUGUCAACUGGCUCGCUUUCCUCAACCGUUAUCAUCUUCAUGGCGUCCUCUGUGACGACAUGGGACUUGGCAAGACGCUUCAGACUUUGUGCAUCGUUGCAAGCGACCAUCAUCUUCGAGCGGAGGAAUUUGCCAAGACGCAAGCGCCAGACGUGCGACGUAUGCCAUCUCUCAUCAUUUGCCCACCCACCCUCACUGGACAUUGGAAGCAAGAGAUCCGCACAUAUGCUCCUUUCCUGACUGCUGUGGCGUUUGCAGGCCCUCCAGCGGAGCGUGGUAAAGUGCGUGACCAGUUGGCCACUGCUGAUGUUGUCAUUACUUCCUACGAUAUUGCUCGUAAUGAUGUCGAGCUGCUCGCUCCCAUCAACUGGAACUACCUCGUCUUGGACGAAGGCCAUUUGAUCAAGAACCCCAAAGCCAAAGUGACCCAGGCUGUGAAGAGACUACCUAGCAACCACCGCCUCAUUCUUUCCGGCACGCCAAUUCAGAACAAUGUGCUGGAGUUGUGGUCUCUCUUCGACUUCCUCAUGCCAGGCUUUCUCGGAACAGAGAAGGUUUUCCAGGAUCGAUUCGCCAAGCCCAUCGCCGCCAGUCGAUUCGCAAAGUCUUCGUCCAAGGAACAAGAGGCCGGCGCUCUUGCCAUCGAGUCCCUGCACAAACAGGUUCUACCCUUCCUACUUCGUCGUCUGAAGGAAGAGGUCCUGAAUGAUCUUCCACCGAAGAUCCUCCAAAACUACUACUGCGACCUCAGCGAUCUCCAGAAGCGCCUGUUUGAUGACUUCACUAAGAAGGAGGCUCGAUCUCUGCAGGACAUGGCUGGCAAUCCCGACAAAGAAGCCAAGCAGCACAUUUUCCAGGCACUCCAAUACAUGCGCAAACUUUGCAAUUCGCCUGCAAUGGUCAUGAAAGAAGGGCACAAACAGUACGCUGAGAUCCAGGCGAUGCUCGCAAAGUCCAACUCCAACUUGAAGGAUCCCAAGCACGCACCCAAACUCACAGCACUGCGCGACUUGCUGGUCGACUGCGGCAUUGGAGCCUCCUCCAAUGCGGAUAGCGGAGGAGUGCCGACUGCUGACCAAGCAGUCUCGCAACAUCGUGCUCUCAUCUUCUGUCAGAUGAAGGAGAUGCUUGACAUGGUGGAGAACACCGUCAUUAAAAAGAUGUUGCCGGGUGUGACUUUCUCCCGGUUGGAUGGAUCCGUCGAAGCUUCGAAGCGCCAGGACAUUGUCAACAAAUUCAAUUCUGAUCCUUCCAUUGAUUGCCUUCUUUUGACGACUAGCGUUGGUGGACUGGGAUUGAAUUUAACCGGAGCCGAUACUGUCAUUUUCGUCGAACAUGACUGGAACCCGCAAAAAGACCUGCAAGCCAUGGACCGUGCUCAUCGAAUCGGGCAGAAGAAGGUCGUCAAUGUCUACCGUCUUGUUACGCGAGGCACGCUGGAGGAGAAGAUUCUCAACCUUCAGCGAUUCAAGAUUGAUGUGGCGUCCACGGUGGUGAAUCAGCAGAAUGCCGGUCUAGGAACUAUGGAGACGGAUCAGAUCCUGGAUCUUUUCAAUCUCGGCGAGACGGAUCCUAAUCUUGCCAUUGCAGAGGGUGGGAACGAUACCAAUGGUGUUGACGAAUCUAAUGCUGUUGAUGCUGAGGGUAAUAUGCGCGAAAAGGGCAAAAAGGGCAUUUUGGAUGAGCUGAGUGAGCUCUGGGAUGACAAGCAGUACGAGGAAGAGUUUAAUCUUGACGGAUUCCUGAAGACUAUGAAGGCAUAG